GCCACUGGGAGAGUAUAAACUAAAAUUUAAAGCUAUAUUUCCAUGUGAACCUACUAAAAAUCACAAGUUACAGUAUAACAUGUAUUUAAGUAAGACAAGUGCGACUGAAUUUGAAAUAAAGGGCAAUGUAACUUAUUUAAUUCCAUUUGACGAUUCUGUUAGCCUUAACAUUAAUUUGGCCAAUAAAGGAUCAAUCGGUGGCUGGGUAGAGAAUGCACAUGUCUACACCACGACUAAUGCUUGCUCGAAGUUGAAGUACUUAUUGGGAGAUUCAUGGAAAGAUUAUUGUCAAGGAUUUAAUUUUCCUGACUUAGAAUGUCCAAUGAAGCCGGGCAUUUACGUGUCAUCUGGAAUUAACACUAACAAAAUGAAGAAUACUAAUUUCCCGAAGACAUUUUUUUAUGGGGAGUAUAAAAUGGUAAUUACGUAUACAAGCAGUAAGGGAGAAAAACUUGGUUGUCUCGUGAUAGUUUUGGAUAUUAUACGACCAUGGGAGACUUAA